ACAUGCUUGCUUGGCGGGGUUCCCUGCAGUAGAUUAUCCUACUUAGAUUUACUACUUAUGCGGCGACUGUGAAGCCCGUGUAAUUUCCAAGAUACCUAAGGACUCCAUAUUGUUCCAACUAUGGCUGCUACAGUACCUUCCGAAGGACUUGAGAAGCUCACAGUUGGCGACGCUGGUCCUAAGGCGGCUAACGGCGACGCGGCGGGGCAUUCCGCUGACGAAUCCGACGAUGACCCUGAUGGACAAGCAGCUGAUGCUGCUCCCGAAGCCGCCAAAAAGAAGAAGAACAAGAAAAAAAAGCCCAAGAAGAAGAAGAAGGCCCCCACCGCCCAGACUGAUCCCCCGAGCGUUCUGCUAUCCGACCUCUUCCCGAGCAAGAUCUAUCCCAAGGGUGAAGAAGUCGAAUACGUCGACGAGAACCGAUACCGAACCACAAAUGAGGAAAAGCGACACCUCGACAACCUUGACCCCGAUUUCCUUAACGACUACCGUUAUGCUGCUGAGACGCAUAGACAGGUCCGCCAAUGGGCGCAGCGAAACAUCAAGCCGGGGCAGACAUUAACCGAGAUCGCAAACGGCAUCGAGGAUAGUGUUCGUCGAUUGGUCGGCCACGACGGUCUUGCUGAAGGUGAUGCCAUCAAGGCCGGUAUGGGGUUCCCUACUGGACUCAAUCUUGAUCACAUUGCUGCACACUAUAGCCCGAAUGCGGGCAACAAAACGGUCUUACAGCAGAGCAAUGUUAUGAAAGUCGACAUCGGCGUCCAUGUCAACGGACGCAUCGUCGAUAGUGCCUUCACCAUGGCAUUCGACCCCAUGUACGAUAACUUACUUGAGGCUGUCAAGGACGCCACCAACACCGGCGUGAAGGAGGCCGGUAUCGACGUGCGCCUCGGAGAGCUAGGAGAGAAGAUACAAGAAGCCAUGGAGAGCUACGAGUGCGAGAUCAAUGGCACAACCUAUCCUGUCAAGGCGAUCCGCAACCUCACCGGCCACACGAUUCUCCCAUAUAGCAUCCACGGAACCAAGAGCGUCCCGAUUGUCAAGUCGGCCGACACGACGAAGAUGGAGGAAGGCGAUGUUUUCGCCAUCGAGACAUUCGGAAGCACUGGAAAUGGUUACGUUCACGACCAGGGCGAAGUGUCGCACUACGCUCUUCGUAGUGAUGCCCCCAAGGUCGAUCUGCGUCUGUCUUCCGCCAAGUCGCUCCUGAACGUGAUCAAGAAGAACUUUGGCACAAUCCCAUUCUGCAGGCGAUAUUUAGAUAGAUUGGGCCAGGAGAAGUAUCUUCUUGGUCUGAAUAACCUUGUUCAAUCUGGAAUCGUGGAGGAUUACCCACCCCUCGUUGAUAAAAAGGGCUCAUACACUGCACAGUUUGAACAUACCAUUCUGUUGCGACCUACAGUGAAGGAAGUCAUCAGUCGUGGCGACGACUACUAGUUGGAAUGAGAUCCAACAGAUCGACGGUGAAUAUUGUCUCCAAAUCACUUUAACCAUGACAUUUGGGUGAGUGAUAAAUAGUUAUAUACCUCCUAACUCCAUAUUAUCCUGUAUACUUAAGUUGGCGGGUUAUCAUGGUGGUAGUUAUGGUUCAGGUUGCAAGGAUUGAUCAUAUAUUGCUAGCUCGAUCUGACAGCUUUAAUCUGCUCUUGGCUACGUUCCGGCGAGGUCAGUCACAAAUAAA